UCCUCCUUUGUAUCUACCCAGACAAGUGACAAGAACAAUCUCAGUUAGAGAAUGGAGGACUCUGAGUCAUAUAAGACUGUCUUUUCACUUGGAAAGUUCAAGAUUCGGAAGUUACAGAGUGGGACUCCUUCUUCAGACCAAGCCAAUGGAGGUACCCCCAAACACCCAGAGGAACAUGCACCUCCCUCACAAAUGGAGGAAAAUGGUUCAGCCCCGCCAGAUUACGAGAGCACAAUCGAUGCCUGCCCACGGUAUGAAUUCUAUGCCCUUUCAGCACCGCCGGGGCGUCGGAAAAUACGGCCUUCGCUGGAUAUGCUCCGGAAUGCAGAACCGGCUAAGACUGAUCCGGAGUCUGGAACCAAGGAUGGAGAAGAUAAAGAUGAGGAAGACGAGGAACCAGAACCUGAACCUGUCCGUUUUGGCUGGGUGACUGGCGUCAUGAUCCGGUGCAUGCUGAACAUCUGGGGUGUGAUCCUUUAUCUCCGCUUGCCGUGGAUAACAGCACAGGCUGGAAUAGGGCUGACCUGGCUGAUCAUCCUCAUGUCCUCUGUGGUGACUAGCAUUACAGGUCUCUCCAUCUCUGCCAUCUCCACCAACGGCAAGGUCAAAGCAGGGGGUACCUACUUUCUCAUCUCCCGCAGUUUGGGACCCGAGCUUGGAGGCUCCAUCGGUCUCCUCUUCUCUUUUGCCAACGCUGUUGCCGUGGCUAUGCACGUUGUGGGUUUCUCAGAAACAGUCAAGGACCUCCUGGUGGAGUUCGAUGCCGUUAUGACCGACCCAACAAAUGACAUCCGCAUCGUGGGGGUCAUCACUAUCACCGUCCUCCUUGGCAUCGCUUUGGCUGGCAUGGAAUGGGAGGCUAAGGCACAGGUCGUCUUCUUUUUCGUCAUCAUGAUCUCCUUCAUCAACUACUUCAUUGGAACUUUCAUCCCGGCCUCGCCGGAGAGGAUGGCCAAAGGCUACUUCAGUUACCGUGGUGACAUCUUCUUGGAGAACAUUGGGCCUGAAUGGAGAGGCGAAUCGGGCAGUUUCUUUGGCAUGUUCUCCAUUUUCUUCCCGUCUGCGACAGGAAUCUUGGCAGGUGCCAAUAUCUCUGGAGACCUCAAGGACCCAGCGGUAGCCAUCCCCCAGGGAACGCUGAUGGCCAUCUUCCUGACCACCUUGACCUACCUGGCCAUCGCCGCCACCAUAGGGACUUGUGUGAUCCGAGAUGCUUCCGGCAGCAUGAACGACACGAUGGGCACCACCAACUUCACAGGUGGGGACUGUGUCGGCCUCGGCUGCCUGAGCGGGUGGAACUUUACCGAGUGCACCGUGGCUGGGACCUGCGAAUACGGACUGGCCAAUGACUAUCAAACUAUGAGUAUGGUGUCGGCGUUCAGCCCCCUCAUCACGGCUGGAAUCUUCGCUGCCACGCUCUCCUCGGCUUUAGCCUGUCUCGUCUCUGCUCCCAAGGUCUUCCAGUGUCUCUGCCAGGACAACCUCUACCCGUUCAUUGGCUUCUUUGCCAAAGGGUAUGGAAAGAACCCAGAGCCACUGAGAGCGUACGCUCUGACCUUCAUCCUAGCUAUUGCCUUCAUCCUCAUCGCUGAGCUCAAUACCAUCGCUCCCAUCAUCUCCAAUUUUUUCCUGUGCUCAUAUGCCCUCAUCAACUUCAGUUGCUUCCACGCCACUGUUACGAACUCCCCAGGUUGGAGGCCUUCCUUCCGCUACUUCAGCAAAUGGACAGCCCUCUUUGGGGCUAUCGUCUCUGUGGUCAUUAUGUUCCUUCUGACAUGGUGGGCAGCCCUUAUUGUCGUUGGGAUCAUCAUUGUGAGCUUGGCUUAUACGACCUACAAGAAACCAGAGGUGAACUGGGGCUCCUCGAUGCAAGCCGGCAGCUACAACAUGGCCCUGACAAAUGCUAUGAACUUGAGCAAUGUCGAAGACCACGUCAAGAAUUUCCGGCCUCAAUGUCUAGUGCUCUCAGGGCCCCCCAACUUCCGCCCAGCCCUUGUGGAUUUUGUUGGUGCCUUCACAAAGAAUGUGAGCCUCAUGAUCUGUGGGAAUGUGGCUGAGCUGUACGACAACUCCUGUGCUGAGAACUACGAUGAGCAGCUCCAGUGGCUUAGCACGCGCAAGACCCGCUCUUUCUACAACUUCAUCAUGACAGGGGACCUCAGAUCUGGUGCCAGGAGUCUUUUGCAGGUCUCUGGUCUGGGACGCCUCAAACCCAACACAAUGGUCCUGGGUUACAAGAAGAAUUGGCAGACAGAUUCCCCACAGAACCUGGAGAAUUACGUGGGCAUAAUACAUGAUUGUUUUGACUUAAGUGUCGGAGUGUGUGUGCUCCGGAUGCGUGAUGGAUUGGACGUCUCAAGGACAGUGAAAGCACAAGUGAAUUUGGGCUUUGACGACUCAGAAUCAGUGCUGGGCCGGGAGAAACAGAAACGUGAUGCAUUCAAAGUGAUGGGUGCAGAUUCGCACCUGGAAACGGUAUUCCAGAGCAAACAGAAGAAGAAGAACAUUGACAUAUAUUGGCUUUUUGAUGAUGGUGGGCUGACCCUCCUCAUUCCUUACCUCCUCACGCGUCGAAAACGCUGGAGCCGCUGCAAAGUCCGAGUCUUCAUCAGCAGCCAGAUCAGCAACGCUGAAGAACACAGAGAAGAGAUCCAGUUUUUAUUGAACAAAUUCCGCCUCGGCUUCAACGAAGUCGUGGUGCUGCCUGAAAUAAUGUGGAGGCCGGAGGAGACGAGCCAGAAAGAAUUUGAGGAUCUUAUCGCCCCUUACCGACUCAAGGAGGGCCAGAAAGGGCCAGAUGCUCCAGAAGGGAUGAAAAGGGAAGCACCGUGGAAGAUCACAGAUGAAGACCUCGGGGUCUACAAGAGGAAGUCUGAACAGCAUAUGCGCCUCCAUGAGAUCCUGCAGGACCACUCCCGCAACGCAGCCCUGAUUGUCAUGAGCCUUCCUGUGGUGCGGAAAGGGGCUUGUCCGAGCGCCCUCUACAUGGCCUGGCUCGAGACAGUCUCCAAAGGCCUCCACCCGCCCGUCGUCUUCAUCCGGGGGAACCAGGAAGAUGCUCUCACCUUCUACUGCCAGUAGGAGGCAGCGCAGGCGUAAAAAUGAUGAAAUGCCAAAAAAGACUAGGCUUUCCCCUCGCCCAUGGCAGCAAGUCACAACUUUGUGGGAAAGCAGGAACCUGGGCAAGACAGAUAUUCAUGGAGGCAACAACAGAGUGUUCGUGGCGUGCGGAAAAUCAGCUGUUGUCAAGAAACGCAGUGUGAUCAGGCAGUUUCGCAGCAGUGGUCAAUCCCUUCCCCUUUGUUUUCCUGGACCAAGACCCACGGUGGCCAUUUUCCCUGGGUUCUGUGUUUACUUAACGGCCUACCUGUAAAUAUUAAAUUUUAAAUAUUGUUAUUUAACACGAGUGGUCCGACUCCUGCUUUAAAAACUCUUUGCCUCACAGUAGCCUUCCGAUCCUAACACGGGAGCUCUUCAUCUCUUCGCAAAAACCGACCAAAAGGUGAUGGAUUCCAGCACCAGAAGAGGUUUAGUACUAAGGACUUGAAAAUCAUGGAGCGCGCAUAGU